UAUAUGGAGCAGGAAGAUGAGUGGGAACGCGAAGGUUUACUCGAUCCUGCUUGGGAGAAGCAACAAAAAAAAACCUUCACAGCUUGGUGUAAUUCCCAUUUGAGAAAAGUUGGAACCCAGAUAGAAGUUAUUGAAGAGGAUUUCAGAGAUGGGUUAAAGUUGAUGCUCUUGUUAGAAGUCAUUUCUGGCGAACAACUUCCUAAGCCUGAUAGAGGAAAAAUGCGUUUCCAUAAAAUUGCCAACGUGAACAAGGCUCUUGAUUUCAUCGAAAGUAAAGGAGUCAAACUAGUCUCAAUUGGAGCUGAAGAAAUUGUGGAUGGAAAUUUGAAGAUGACCCUAGGUAUGAUAUGGACAAUCAUUUUGAGAUUUGCCAUUCAAGAUAUUUCUGUCGAAGACUUCACAGCUAAAGAAGGUUUGCUGUUAUGGUGCCAAAGAAAAACUCAGCCUUAUAGAAAUGUAAAUGUACAAAAUUUUCAUCUCAGCUUCAAGGAUGGCCUGGCAUUCUGUGCCCUCAUCCACAGGCACAGACCUGAUCUCCUAGAUUACUCUAAACUUUCAAAAGAAAAUGCCAGAACUAACUUGACGACAGCCUUUGAUCUGGCUGAGAAACAUCUGGACAUACCCCGCAUGUUGGAUGUUGAUGACAUGGUGAACUCAGUGAAACCAGAUGAGAGAUCAGUGAUGGCCUAUGUAUCAUCUUACUAUCAUGCAUUCUCUGGAGCACAACAGGCUGAAACGGCAGCCAACAGAAUAUGCAAGGUGUUAAAGAUCAACCAAGAAAAUGAGAGACUCAUGGAAGAAUAUGAAAAACUGGCUUCUGAUCUGCUGGAGUGGAUUGCCAGAACGAAACCAUGGCUGGAGAACAGAUCACAAAUCCAAUCAAUCGAUGCCACUCAAAAGAAAUUUGAGGAGUUCAGAGAGUACAGAAGUCACCAGAAACCUCCACGUCUCGACGAGAAGAGCAUGUUGGAGACCAUGUACAACUCACUGCAAACUAGGUUGAGGCUCUCAAAUAGACCUGCCUACCUGCCAUCUGAAGGAAAACUCAUUCAGAACAUUGCGGUAGCGUGGAGGGAGCUUGAGGAAUCAGAGAAAGGUUUUGAGGACUGGUUACUGUCUCAACUGCAGAGAUUGGAGCGUAUAGCUCACCUUGAAAAGAAGUUCAAGCAGAAGUAUGACAAGCAUGUGUCAUGGGCCAACGGAAAAGAAGAGAUGUUGACGAGUGAUGAAUACAAAAAGUGUAGACUCGAUGAAGUUAAGGCACUUAGGAAGAAGCAUGAAGCCUUUGAAAGUGAUCUGGCAGCACAUCAGGACCGUAUUGAACAUAUUAAUGGCAUUGCCCAAGAACUCAAUGCCUUGGGUUAUUGCAAUUUGAAAUCGACCAAUCAGAAAACUCAGCAGCUAUGUGAACAGUGGGGUGUUUUGGGCGAGCUGUCCAUUGCCUACAAAGCUAAGCUUGAGGAAUCUGAGAAUGUAUUGGAAAGAAUUGAUCAGUUACAGCUGGAAUAUGCUAAGAGGGCCGCUCAUUUGAACAGCUGGAUGGAUUCAACAAGAGAAGACUUGGAAGACAUUUUCAAUGUGCACAGCAUUGAAGAGAUAGAAGCACUGCUGAAUUCGCAAAAGAAGUUCAAGGAAACGCUCCCAGAUGCGGAGAAGGAGUUGAAAGAGACGAUCAGUUUAACUGAGGAGGUGGACAGGAUUUGUGAGAAGUACAAGUUGCAGAUCAACAUGGAGAAUCCAUUCACAUCUACUCAGCCAAAAGAACUGCGAUACAAGUGGCAAGAAUUUCAGAAGCUGGUGCCAGCACGAGAUCAAAUAUUGCAGGCAGAAAUGACCAGACAGCAGCGUAACGACCACCUCCGCAUGCAGUUUGCUCAGCAGGCCAACACGCUCGGACCGUGGAUUGAACAAAAGUUGAAAUUCAUAUCCGACCUGGGGGUGAAGAGGGGCACUCUUGAAGAUCACCAGCAAUCUCUCAUCAAGUUGGAACAGGAAGUUUCUGCCAACAAACCCCAAAUUGAACAACUAGAGAAGUGCAAUCAAGAAGUUCAAGAGGCAAGGAUAUUUAAGAACGAACACGCCAGAUACACUAUGGAGACGAUAAGAGUUAACUGGGAUCAGUUAGUGACCUCCGUGUCUCGAAACAUCAACGAGUUACAGAACCAGAUACUCAUGAGAGAUUCCAGAGGCAUCAGUCAUGAGCUCAUUGACGAAUGUCGCAAGUCUUUCAAUCACUUUGAUCGAUCCAAGAACCAAUAUCUCGAGCCCAAGGAGUUCAAAGCUUGUCUCGUAUCUCUUGGUCGCAGCAUUCGUGAUGAUAAACAGGCAUGUCAUCAUUUCUUUGGUGAUGCAGAUUUUCAGAAAAUUCUCCAGAAAGUUGAUCCAAAUCAUAAUGGUUACGUGACCUUCGAUGCCUUUUUGGACUUCAUGACCAUGGAGAAUACAGAUUCUGAUUCACCAGACCAGAUCAUUGAAUCUUUUAAAAUUCUUUCUGGCAAUCAGCCUUACAUAACACCAAAAGCACUGAGAUCAGAAAUGCCACCAGAGCAGGCUGAAUAUUGCAUUCGUCGGAUGACCCAGUACAAGGGACCCGAUGCUCCCCCUGACGCUCUCGACUACACAUCAUUCUCCAUGGGACUUUAUGGGGAAAGUGAUUUGUAGAUUUAUAGAUUUGUUAGAGAUUUGUGAUGUUAUAAUGUCACAAGAGAACUUGUAUAAGUUGUGCGGGCAAUGGAUUACACAUCAAAGUUUUUAGUGUAGCAGAUGCAGUUAAUUUUCUUCGUUUUAUAUCAUUUAUUUUAUUUUACUUUAAUAUGUAAUUUUUAAACGAUUCUAAUUAGUUUCAUGUUCUAUAUUAAUGAAGUUUCAAUAAUAAGGAUAAUUAUUAUUAUCAUAUCGUUUUUCAUUCAUUAUCAUUCAACUGAUUUAAUAUUAAUUGCUCUGCAUCAAUUAUGUUAUUAUAUUUUAUUACGUUAACGUUUACAAUCAUUAGCAUAGUUCAAUUACCAUCAUUAUUGCCUAAUAGCGUCGGCUGAACACAUUGAUUUUUCUUGGAUUUUUAUUCAUCCACAUAUCAGUGAUCCAAUCACUACAUACAUAUAUACAUUCAUACAUUGAGUUUUUUAAAUUUUGGUUAAUAUCUUAUAUACACAUCAUUCCGGAAGAAGAAAAAUUAUUUCCAUAAUAUUCAUUCGCUAUUGUUUUGCAUAUUUUAGUAUGGUUGAUAUAUUUUCUUUGCCGUGAAAAAAUUAAGUACAUUUUAUCUACAGAUUUGAUGCCAUCUAAUUUUGUAUUGAUUAUUUUUUAAGGUCGUUGUAGUUUUCUACUUGUUAAUAAUUAGUUAUGUUGCGUGCGUAUGAUCUGAUUAUUAUUUGUUGUUAUAUUCCUAUUGUUAAUUUUCAUCCAUUCCUUCAUUUGCAACUAAUAACCUGGACCUUAUUUGCUCAUCCUGACAGCUAAGCCUAUAAAUUUACAUAUUAUAUUUAUUUAUAUG